CCUUGACAGGUUAAUCAACAAACAGCAAUGUAUUAUUAAGUGGUCUUUUGUUUUAGAUGUUUCAAUCUCUUCAUUUGUCCUAAAUUUUACAGAACUGACGGUCAUGCUUUGGCAAACUGUGCUUACAACUUUCAGGAACCAUUUACUUCUUUAUGUGAUUAUUUGUGCUCUUGUUUCACGUAUAUCAGGUUCACAGCUGCCGAGGUUCGGAUGUUACGUGUGUUCAUACAUGAAUCCCUCCAAUGAUGACUUCAGUUGUGUGACCACCCCAUGGAAUGCGACAAACGGUCACAUUGUAGACAACUGUAGUGGAAACGGAUUUAGAUGUGUUACAAAAACUGUUUAUACCAAGGAUAAAACACGGAUAUACUUUAUGUUUCGGAAUUGCUCUGUCCCGGAUACUUUUGAUUGUGGUAGUAAUUGUUGUGUUGAUAACAGUGUCCAUGAUUUCACAUGCCAAACUGUUUGCCAAGAUAAUUUGUGCAACAACUCAAAUGAAGGCCAACGAUUGGUAGAAAUUCAAUCCGGAAGUGGGGCAACGUCCAUCGUUCACAAGUUCAUUCGAAUGACAGUUUAUGUAAAGAGAAUUAAUCAAUUUGUACCAUGCACGCAGUGAGCACCAUGCUUUUGUGAAAUGGAAGAUUGAUAUAAGCAUACUGAUUUUGUACGAUAUGUUGAAGUAAAGAGGAUUAUUUCUUUUCAA